AUGGGCCCUCCUGACGAACCUGUUGUGGAAGUUGCACAGCAGGAUGUGGUGCCCGAGGUCGUGGAAGAGAUUGUGCAGCCUGUUGAGAUUAGGGUGGAUGAUGAUGACAAGGUAGAUGAAGUUGCUGGGGAAGUUGUGGCGGACGUUGUGGAGGAUGAGGCUGCCUCCGUGGAUGGGGAGGAAGCUGAGAUGGAGGAAGCGCCGGCAGAAGGCUCUUCGGGCGAGGGACGGAUGAGCAUGGCCGAGCGGAUGAAGAAGUUGCAAGCACUUCGUGGGAAGAUGCGUGACACACUCCAAGCCAACCGGAAAGAUCUCGUUGCUGAGAAUGCGCGACAAAAGACUUCAGCUCGGGAAUUACAACGGCUAGAGAAGAAACGCAAGCUUGCCGAGGUCUUGCGUGAGAAGGCCGACGCUGAAGAACGAGGGGAGGACGUCGAGCGGAAGAAGAACUGGGAAUGGAGUAUCGAGGAGAACGACGAAUGGGAGAAAAAACAGGAGAGAAAGAAGAAGCGGGCCGACUUUACGUUCAACAAUGCCGAGGAUCAUGCCCGCCGACGAUACAAGAAAGACCUAGAUUUCAUCAAGCCCGAUCUCGAGGCUUACAACCGACAAAAAGAGGCUGCGCUCGGCCUCGCUCCCGGUACGCUCAAGGCCGGUCAACCCACCUCCGGCGCGCUGGUCGCUACCACCUCCUCGGGUGCUCUGACAGUUGCUCAACGACAAGCUUCCGAAGACCUGUACCGGGAUGCCAACAGCUUAGCAUAUGCGGACAACAAGCCGAGCGAAGAGGCGAUCGAUCGGGUUGUGUCCAAGCUGAAUAUGGACAUGGAUCGCAGGGGCAAGUUCUCCCGGAAACGGCUCAAUGAGGACGACGGGGAUGUCACGUAUAUCAACGAACGCAAUCGGGUGUUCAACAAGAAGAUUGCGAGAUAUUAUGAUAAGUAUACUGCGGAGAUUCGGGCUAGUUUCGAGAGAGGAACUGCUUUGUAG